AUGUCAGAUGAACUAGUCGCUGAAAUAGCAACUGUAUUUGAACAAUGCAUGAAUAGCAAAAAUGAAGAUCUUAAAAAGCAAUUUGCCAUGAAAGGUAUUGAACGUCUUAAAUUUUUGAAAGAAUUAAGAGCGAUUAAAGAUACUGUAAUUGUACCAGCUGAUAAUGGUGGACGAAUUGUAAUUCUCAAUAAAGAUGAUUAUAUUUCCAAAAUGAAAGAAAAAUUAAAAGAUACUACAAUUUAUACAGAAGUUACAGAUCCGACUAAUAAUAUUCAAUCUGUUUCAUCUAGUUUUACUCAAAAAUUAUUUCAACAAUAUAAAAUUACUCAAGGUCAAUAA